AUGCCGUUCAACGUCGUAUCCGACUCUACCAAGACAAUGUCCCUGUCUUCGGAACAUUUAGCCCACUCCGCUUACGGGACGAAAAGCAUAGGUAACGCAGGCCCCAGAACAUCACGAUCGAGCUCCAUCAAGAUGCUCAAGCAGAAACUGCAGUCGUUGGCCGGCACGAGUCCAAUGAACCCUGCUCCCUACUCCCCCAGAAACAGCCUCGAUGUGCACUCUUUCACUCUGAGCAACGACGAUCUCUCUGGCGAGGCUGCCGACUUCAGCAAGACAAACAUGAAACCCUACAACGACGCGCUGGCCUCUUAUCUUUCGCAGUGUGGUUUCAGCACCAGCCUGGUGAAGUUUAAACACGGCGUGAAAAUCGGCAGGUCUGCGCUCAAAAUAUUUGGCAGCUCUACUCCAAAGUCUGUGCAGGCUUUCCUGUCCGGAACAGGCCAAAUGCUGUUUCUGCCGUACAAUCCGACCAGAAAGAAGGACCAGCCUGCAGACGACGCCCUGGAAGAGGACGAAGAAAAUGAUAUGGACGAGUCUGACAUCGACGAGACCCCGGAACCAGGACAGCAGGGUCCGCGCCAGCCGCGAACUUUGCAUCACACUGUGGCCAGCCACACGUUCGUGGUGGUCAUCAGACUCCUGAAGAGCCAGUCGCUGACUUCUGUAGCUCGGGCGCGCUACUACGCCGACGCGACAACGAACUGGACUUCGGGCAUCAGCGUGGAAAAUUCAAAGGGAAAAUACAAAUUGGCUUUUAAGGAGAAGUACAGAGUCUCUAAAGACAUUGACUGGGACCUGGAUCUCCGCAACCCGGACUGCUUUAUUCCGUUCAAAGUCUUUGACAGCGAUCCAGAUAGUGCAGAGGAGUUCAACUUCGAAUUUGCUCAGGAUGCAGAGUCGGAAUUCACGUCGUCCACCAAAGCAUCGGCAGAAAUCCUGCGCUCCUCAUCCGCAGCACAAGAACUCAGAUACUACGAACCCCUGAAUCCCAAAGACUUUGUCAACGAAAUCGACGACAACGGGAAAGACACUGUCAAACACGAAGACCUUUUUGCAGGGGUCGAAGCUGAAGCACGCAAUUUCCAGCCCGGCUAUUACGUAUUUUUGCUUCCUGUGGUAUACCCCAUCAACGCUCCCGAGACCAUCCGAACUCCUCUCGCGACUGUCUCACACAACCUGCAUGUGCAACUUGAAUCUGCCCAAUACGUUCCCGCCAUUGCUCCUCCUCCUUCAGCUUUGCUUUCCGUUCCGCAACACCACCGAUAUGAAGACACCGACAUGGUGGGAAGCUAUUUCAAUUCCAACACCUCCAAGAGCAUUCGAAGAAAGAUCGGCCGCCGUAGAUCUUCCUCCGUCUCUUCGACGGGCUCAGCUUCACACAAGCCUGCAAACCCGAUGUAUGAUUUUAGCCAUGAGCUUCCAGUUAUUCGUCUGCCUCCUUUCGACGCGACGUCCACUUUAAACAAAUCCAUCUACGUCAACAAAAUCUGGAGCGAUUCUCUCAAUUACGAAAUUUUGCUGCCUCGUAAGUUCAUCCAGCUUUCUCCGAAGUCUGGCAUCAACGACACGUUCAUGAGAACUUCGACUUUCGUUUUGCAGAUGAAGCUCAUUCCUUUGGUGAAAAACCUUUCUCUGAAGCGGAUCAAGAUCAACAUUGUGGAAAAGAUUACCUACAUCUCAAAGGACCGCAAGUACGAGACCGAGGUUGGCUCGAUGGACCGUUCUGGAUGCAAGGAGCGCAAAGUGACGAUGAUGGAGAUCAAAACAAAGGAGAAGAACCAUACUUCCGCAAUGAACACCCAGAUCAUCAAGGGCUGUGUUAACGAAAACCUUCUGACGUUCUGUUACAACAACGGGAAACUGCCCGAUUCCGAAGGGCGGAGCCGGUCUGGAUCUUUGAAUAACUUGCAUCUGGGGACAAAAAGAAUGGCCAAGCUGCUAGAACCGUCUAAAAACUCCAGCUCCAGCUCUUUGACUUCAACCCCACAGGAGGAAGUAAGCAUUACGAAUCCUAUCAAAUUGCAAUGCCCGCUACGUUUUAUUGCAAACGACGAAAUGAAAUUCAUUUCCGAAACUCACGACGCCCUUACUCAAAACGGCAUCGAUGGCAACGACCACGAUAUCGAUCCGCCUCCUGUAGGUGACGAGGUGUCCAUUUUCUCAAUGAGUUCCCAGGGCGAAACCGACCAGCAGGAGGAGGAGAGCUCUGGAUGGCUGUCUAAAUCGCCUUUGCUUUCGCCUAUUCUGUCUCCAAAGAAGUCAAAUUGCUCACCAAAGAUGUCAGCUAAAGAAGAGGACCGGUUGCAAGAAUUCUCGUUCUAUCCCGACACUAAUUUCCACAACGUGAAUAUCAAACAUCGACUGCAAGUUUGUUUCCGCAUCAGCAAGCCCUACGAAAACAAGACUGACCACAACGGCGAGCCCAAAAUGCAUCACUACGAAGUGAUUGUGGACACGCCUAUUGUUUUUGUGUCGCCUUUCUGUGUGCGCGAAAAUGUUGAGCUUCCCAGCUAUGAAUAUGCCGUGAGAUCGUCAGCGCUCGACUCCUCAAAACCGACCGACGGAUUUGCUUUUAGUGCUGAUUGCGAGCAGAACAACGACAUCGACGAAGAUCUGCCAACUUUCGAAGAGGCCGUGUUGCAGCCUUCGUCUCCGAUGAUGAGCGGCUACAACAUCCCGAACCAAUACUUUUCGACGUUCAAUUCCACCACGAUGCUUUCGCAGUCGCCGUUCUCGAUCGGGUCCAGCUCGCCUCCUGCAUCUUACAGCAUGGGCCAUAACGGCAGCAGUUUGAGCGGGCUCAACUUGAACAACUUGAACAACUUGAACGACGUGAGCUUCAAUAACCUAGACAGCUUGCUUCAGACGGCAGACGCAAACAACGAGGAGCUAUUUGCAAAGAAGGAUAUCAAGCCCUCCAGCGCGGGAGGCCAGCUGAGUAGCCUUCUGAAGCCGUCCGACUCAAAGGAGAACGUCAUUAGCCCUCCUGCAAUUAUCAUCAAUGGAAAAUUUGACUACGAGAACGCCAGCCAUGUUCCGUCGAGAUCUUCUCUGGCAUAUUACGAGGACGAUCUUCCGUCCUACCAGAAAGUGAUCGAGCAAGACUCUCAUCACAUGGAAGAAAACUUAGGACUUCUUUCCGACGGUGACGACAUUGAGGGCGACGAAACAUUCCAUCUCACACACGGCAAUCAAAGUCUAUGUACUUUGGAUCUGAAUACCGUGCCGGCUCAGGCCACCAGUAUCCUGGACUAG